GGUGCCCGGGCCCCGUCCACAACACAAUCCAGUCGAAAGAAGGAGCGAGGCGAGCCUACACCGCGAUCCUCUCGCGUGCCGAGCCUCGUAUACGUGCACGCGCGCGACGCAACGAGUAGAACACGCAUAGAAAGAGAGAGAGAGAGAGAGAGAGAUUCGUUUCUCCUUGCUCGCCGGCCUCCUGGUCGGUCUGUGAGUCGAGCCGAGCCGAGCAUGCCGAGGCGGGGCUCGCUCUAAGGUCCGAGCCACGCCGUAUUCCGCAGCCAGAGUGAAAAACGAAACGGUCCCCGCGAUCCAGCGUAUAUUUUUUUCCUCGGACAACGAGCAGCACACACCCUUUCGUCGUUCGAGGAACCGCCUUCGUUCGUCUGUGCGUAGCACGUAAUCGUGGCGGAUCGCGCAGAAAAUGGACACCGUACUCUAGCAGCAGCAACACUCGUAAAAACGAGCGUUGGCCUCGAGAGAGAGAGAGAGAGAGAGAGAGAGAGAGAGAGAGAGAGAGAGAGAAAGAGAGAGUAAGAGGGAGAGAAAUCGCGCCGAGAGUAUGUAAAAGUCGCAACGAGACGAGGCGAGGGCGAGAGCGACGGUUAGCAGCCACGUCGAGGGAACCGGAGGGAAAGGACGCAAUCACAUUACCAGGAUGCCUCGGGUAAGGAGACAAGUGAUCCUGGAGGAUCCAGCCAGGCCAGUCACUCCAGACAUGGUGGAUACCAAGUUAUUAAAGUCUGAGUUUCUGGACGAUGGUUCUUUGGACGAAAUCCAACCUCCAAAGGUAGCGGAAGAAACACCAAGCCCUCAUCUACAGGAUCACCAGUAUGGACAAACACCUUGCUACCAAAUAACGAGAAAACCUACACAACCACCACCAAGAGCUGAGAUAUCGGUUCAAGCGGUAAAAAGAAGACUGAAUUUGGAGGUAGGGACGACUGGUCCUAGCCAGUCUGCCUUCAAAACACCCAGAGGUAAACGCAGAAGAUCUGGCUCGAAUUCUUUAGCUGGUCAUACACCCACCAAAAGUAAAACUGUAGAAAGGACACGGUAUGACACAUCUUUGAGUUUGCUCACAAAAAAGUUUAUUCACUUAGUCGAAAGCAGUCAAGAUGGUGUGGUGGAUUUAAAUGUAGCGUCGGAAAAGUUGGAGGUACAAAAACGUCGUAUAUACGACAUUACUAAUGUUUUAGAGGGCAUUGGUAUCUUAGAGAAGAAAAGUAAAAACAAUAUCCAGUGGAAAGGCGGUCAGUUACCGAACAAUCGGAACGAUAUCGCUAAUCUCAGAUGGGAAGUCGCGGAUUUGGAAGCUAAAGAGAACACUCUGGACCGAUUGAUUCACGGUGCUGACAAAAACCUUCGCGAGCUCUGCGCGGAUAGACAAUACGCUUAUGUAACGUAUCAUGAUUUACGUUCAGUCUCAAUGUACAAAGACCAAGUUAUUAUGGCUGUGAAAGCCCCGCCGGAAGCUACCCUUCAUGUUCCACAACCGAUCAAUAACUUUGGUCAACAAAAGCUUCAAAUGCACAUGCGAUCGGAACACGGAGAGAUAGAUGUGUUUCUGUGUCCUGAGGAUUCCACAGUUAAAACAUCCUAUCCUGGGUAUGCGACAACGCAAUCUGUGCCUCAAUCAAAAGAAUCCGAUAUACCUUGUUUGCCUCCUGAAUUGUUGGCUAAUCGAGAAAGUGACAUACGAAUCGAGCCAGUACCUUCCGAUGAGAGUUUCAUAAAUACUCGUCUGUGUACCCCCGUAACUACAGUUACCAGUAUAACGAGCAUGAAGGACGCGUUCUUAUGCGAAUCCGAUGAUUAUGGACCAAUGGGCGGUGGCAAAUUCCAACUCCAAACAGAGGACCAAAUCAGCUCAGAUCUGAGUAUUCUCGAUUUUGGAGAACAACUACUGACUUUGGAACCACCUCUCUCCGAAAACGACUACUCAUUCUCGUUAGGCACCGAGGAAGGUCUUUCGGAUCUCUUCGAUUUUAAAUUCUAGGAAUAUCAUCGCUUAUUGCACGGGCGUUCGUGUCUUUUUGGGCUCUGACUCAAUAAACAGACGGAACUGCUUCGUCAGUUUUACAAUGCGCCUUCGUGUUACGUAGUGAUGAUAGUUGGCAGUUUCGUUCCGCGCGUCGAUCUUCGCGAAAAAUUGCAAACAUAUAAAGACAUUUUUAUUUAUUUAUUGUUUCUUUAAGCACACUAUUUUGUAUCUGGAACUUAUUUUCCGUAUUUUUUGUACGUAAGAGUACAAGAAGGCAUGAAGCUUAAAGAAUAGUAACAAAAUAGUUUAGGCUCGUCACAGGCAAUUUCAUAAAAUGCACCCUAUUGAAAUCAAAAGAAUACAUUAUAUUUUCCGUAACAGGAUUUUUUACACCAUCUGUUAUUGUCUGUUCUACAUAAAAAAGAAAUGGAAUUUGAUCUGUAUUGUACCAGAAUAUUUUAAUAUUUUACGUUUUUUUUGAUACUCAUGUUUCAUUCUGGAAUAACGCGUAGUUAUACUAUUUUAAUUUCUUAUUACGGAUUACAAACUUUUAAUGUGAAAAAGCUGAAUUGCCGAGGCACAGGAUAAACAUAUCACAAUAUUGUUAAUGUGUGCUUCCGGCUUGAAAUGGUCUGCGUUGAUCACGUUUGCGGAAUGGAUUGCAAAGAUAUUAGACAAAGAGACAAGAAGAGAGAUGGAGAUAAAGUGUGUUUGUAUAUGUAUGCGUGGGCGUGUAUGCUGUGUGCAUGCGUAUGUGUGUAUAAGGAAGGAAGGGGGAGGGGGGGGGGGGGGAGAGAGAGAGAGAGAGAGAGAGAGAGAGAGAGAGAGAGAGAGAGAGAGAGAGAUUGAAAAGCGAAGGCGCUUUUUCGUGCAAUCUGUAAUAAUAUUGUAAAUUGUGCUAAGAGAUAGGAGAGAGAAUGUAUUUGGGAAUUCAGAGAGAGGACAGACUGUACUCGUGUCGGACAACGAUCUAAUUGUUUUUCGUAGUUGUCCAACUGUAAAAUGAAUGAGGCGGUUAAUCGAAUUCUUUCUGAUAUAAAAUCUUGUUUAGUGAAGAGAGGGAGAGGGGAUAGACGAGAUUGCGAGGAUUACUUCGUGCGCGCGAAAAAUGACUGUGUACGUAUUAUUGAGAUUCGAAUGAUUUUUUUAAAUUAUAUGCGACCUAGAGUCUGUCGUUCUUCCUUCGGAUGAUGUAUGUUUUUUUAACGGAUAAAUGUUGCCUUGUUAAUAAAUCGUUCGACAAUAUGAUAGUCUUAUUUCGCGUGCUUUUGUAACUCCAACCGGUCGAAUGGCAAAUCAAGAUAAAUAAACGUUUUCCGUUUUGAAUAUAUUAUUUUAUGCCUCGUUAUUUACUAGAAGGGAAAUUAAA